GCUCCAGACAAACGCUUGCAGGAGGAUUGUGCGGAGGUAAUAAUCGUCACUGGAAGAAGGUUCGACCUUGGUUCAAAAUGGCAGAGGCAGGUGAUGGGUCUCUUACGGCUGUUCCACAGAACGUCUGUAAUUGGUCUCCUACUGGAGUUUUAGGUGACCAGGAUACAAGUACAACCAAAGACCAACCAACAGCAAGCAAAACCAGUUUGAUCAGUCAACCGAAAGCAAACACCAGUGAGAAACUGUACAUGUGUGGGGAGUGUGGGUACAGGGCAGCAUGGGAGUCUCACUUAUCCCAACAUAUGAGAACUCACACCGGUGAAAAACCAUUCAAGUGUGACCAAUGUGAUUAUUCUACUACCCAGAAGUCCAACUUGAACCAACAUCUAGCCAUGCACACUGGUGAUAAGCCCUACAUGUGUGGGGAGUGUGGGUACAGGACAUCAUGGAAAUCUGCCUUAUCCCAACACGUGAGAAGACACACAGGGGAAAAACCGUUCAAGUGUGAUCAGUGUGACUAUUCUACUGCACAAAAAUACAGUUUGGACCUACAUCUAAUCAAACAUACCGGUGAAAAACCCUACAUAUGUUGGGAGUGUGGAUACAGGACACCUCAGAAGUGUAACUUAUCCCAACACAUGAGAACACACAGAGGGGUAAACCAUUCAAGUGUGAUCAGUGUGACUAUUCUGCAGCACAUAAGUCCAUCUUAAUCCGACAUCUAGCCAUGCACACAGGUAACAAGCCCUACAAGUGUGGAGAGUGUGGGUACAGGACUGCUCAGAAAUAUGCAUUAUCCCAACACAUGAGAACUCAUACAGGUGACAAACCCUACAAGUGUGACCACUGUGACUAUUCUGCUGCAGUAAAAUCCACUUUGGAUCGACAUCUAGCCAUACACACAGGUGAUAAGCCCUACAUGUGUGGGGAGUGUGGGUACCGGACAGCUCAGAAAUAUGCCUUAUCCCAACACAUGAGAACUCAUACAGGUGACAAACCCUACAAGUGUGACCAGUGUGACUAUUCUGCUGCAGUAAAAUGCAGUUUGGACCUACAUCUAGCCAAACACACUGGUGACAAGCCCCACAUGUGUGGGGAGUGUGGGUACAGGACAACAAAGAAGUCUCAUUUAGCCGACCAUAUGAGAACGCAUACAGGAGAAAAACCCUACAAGUGUGACCAGUGUGACUAUUCUGCUGCACAUAAGUCCACCUUGAACCAACAUUUAGCCAGACACACUGGUGAAAAACCCUACAUGUGUGGGGAGUGUGGGUACAGAACAACUCGGAAGUCUCAGUUAUCCUGACAUAUGAGAACUCACACGGAAAAAACUAUAUGAAUGUGACCAGUGUGCCUAUUCCGAAGAACAGAAAUGCUAUUUGGAUUAUCGUUUUGCCAAAUACACUGUUGAUAAACACUACAUGUGUGGGAAGUGUGGGUGAAGGACAGCUUGGAAAUCUAUUAUAUCACU